GAGAAAUCGAAGCAUGCAUAUAUAAGGAGGUCAGAUGAAGCCUUGUGACACUUCCCGCCAGCCAUGACUCCACUCCAUCUGCUUUUGUGCGCGGCUGCUCUGCUGCCUCUCACCAUCACUGCAGUAAAAGGCAGCAACAAGUAUUACUACACUUCCUCGCCAUGGUGGUACACCUUUUCAUCAUACCCUUAUACCCGGACAAGCCAGCCUCCUUUAACAGCCGACCCUCGCUGCACCUUACCCUUUGGGCUUGUGGGGGACCGCUGCCUGCUGGUGGCUCCCUUCCUGACGGGGACGUGGGAGGAGGCGAGGUACUACUGCCACACCCAUGAGUCACAGAUCGUGCAGAUAGACACCUUUGAGUUCUUCUCAAUUCUCCUCAACUUCCUCAGGCAUGAAGGGCUGGACGAACAUAGCUACUGGCUGGGCGCAAGGGAUAUAGAAGAAGAAGGAGAAUUUCGCUGGAGUAUCGGGGGAGGCUUGGUACCAAUGAGCUCUCCCUUCUGGGCCAUCAAAUACGCUUCUAGCACCACCUACAGCAUUGAGCCGCAAGGGACCACAACCUCCAACUGCCUGCGCAUGGAUAAGGUCCGCUAUUUGUAUUUUGAUGACGAUGACUGUGAAAACGAAAACUCCAUCAUGUGCGAGAAGAAGCUGAAGGUGUGAUGAGAGAGAGAGAGAGAGAGAGAGAGAGAGAGAGAGAGAGAGAGAGAGAGAGAGAGAGAGAGAGAGAGAGAGAGAGAGAGAGAGAGAGAGAGAGAGAGAGAGAGA